AUGUUAGUAGCAAGUAAAGGAGUAUUAGUUAGAUGUGAUCCAUCAAUAAAAGCAUUAAUAAUUCAAAUAGAUUCCGUAACUCCAGGUAUAGUAUUAGAAGAAUUAGAUGAUACUCAUUUAUUAAUUCAACAAGAUAAAGUUGAAAUUGUUAAAAAUGAAUUAAAUAAAUUAUUAUCUAAAAAUAUUUAUAUACCUUUUGAAGAUGAAUAA